AUGUCUUUGCAGAUCCACCUGUCGUUCUGCCUGUUGCUUGUCUGGUCCUGGAUGAAAUUCUUUUCCUCAGAGAAGAACCUCAGCACCACGGCGGACCCGUGCUUGAACUCGUUCAGCAAAGUCACCGCCUUGAUCUUCCUCGACUCCUUGGAGCCAUUCGUGAUGACCAUGCGGUGUGACUUGCGAUCGUCGACUUGUGACAGCCAAUAUCAGCGGCGAUUUUGGCGUAACUCUGGCUUCCAUUUUUGUCUCACUGUCUCCUUGACGGCGGCGACGAAAUCGUCGGUCCUAACGGCCGAAGAACGAACGUGCUUUUUACUUUCUUUCCUUUUUCCUUAUUUCCUUUCACUCGCAACCUUAAUUUUGUUAGCUUCUUUUCUUUCUUUGGCUUUUUAUGUUCUAUGUUUCUUUUUAGGUUCUAUCUAUCUAUCUAUCUAUUUAUCUUUCUUUCUUUCUUUUUUUAUCCUUUCUUUUUCAUUGUUUUUUUCUUUGCUUUUUUCAUUUUUUUCUUUCUUUCUUUCUUUCUUUUUUUCAUUUAAUUCUUUCUCUGUCUUUCUUUUAAUCUUUCUGUUUUUAUUCAUUUUCUUUCGUUCAUUGUGGUUUGUAAUUCUUUCUUCUUUUUUUCCUUUUUUCUGUUUCUUUCUUUCUUCCUUUAUUCUUUCUUUCUUUUUUUUUUUACAUUUUUAUACUUCUUCCCAGAACCACCUAUCUAUCUAUCUAUCAAAUCACACUAGCUGCCUGCCUGCCUGCCUAUCUAUCUAUCUUUAG